AUGCACCCCCUUUUAUUUGAUGGGAGAGGCGAACCAACCCUAGUGGAGAAUUGGAUUCAGGACAUUGAGGAGAUAUUGCAGGUCCUAAAUUGCACAGAUGAACAGAAGGUGGCAUAUGCCACAUUCAAGCUAACUGGGGAGGCGAAUAGAUGUUGGAUUUCUAAAAGAAUUAUUAGAGAAGCGGAAGGGACAAAAAUAGUCAGUUGGUUGCAUUUCAAGCAAAUUUUUCUUGAACGCUUCUUCCUAAGCUCGGUUCGAGAGGACAAGGCUAUAGAAUUUGCCACCUUGGUACAGGGAACUAUGACUGUACAUCAAUAUGCAGCUAGAUUUACUGAGUUAUCCUGUUUUGUUGCGUAUCUGAUUCCUGAUGAGGAAAAGAAGGCGUGUAAAUUCGAGCAAGGGCUAAAUGAAAAGCUUUAUCAACGAGUAGUGGGCUUCUAG